AAAGAAAAGAAAAGAAAAGAAAAGAAAAGGUAUAUUGUUUGGAUUCAACGUGGCCGACCCUUUUCUUUGAAUGAAGCAUCAUAAAAACAAAAUUGGGUUCCAUCGUUGUUUGUUUUUCCUUUUCUGAUUCCGUAUAGACCGGUUUUCUUGGUUUUCUUUUUCAAACGACUUGAUUUUUUAUUUCGACUUUUUUUGAAAAAGAAUCCAUUUUAUAAAUAUUUGAUUUACGAUUUCUUGAAAUCAUCCCUACAAAGAAUCUCUCUUUCCUUUUACUACUGUACUAUUAUUGUACUCUUCGUUUGUGAUUGAUACAUUCUUGCUUCUUUUUUUAUUUUUUUUCUUUUCUGUCUGUACAUUCUUUCUCUUGUUCAAUUCAUUUCUUUUCCUUUGGAUUCUCUUGCAUUGACUCUUUUUUCUUUUUCUUUUUCUUUUUUCCUUCUUUUUCUCGUUUGGCUUCUGCGUUUCUCUUUAUGUUUGUUUUUUGAUUUUUGUGUACAAAAAAAAAAUUUCUUGUAUUCUGCAAUACCUUGGAUCUAUCUAUCUAUCUUUUCUCUCUCUCUCUUUCUCUCUCUCUUUCUCUUUUUGAUUAUCGCUUCUUUUUCUAUUGUAGCGUCUGUUUUCCUCUCGUUUUGUUUUUCUUUCGACAUCUUUAUAAACGUUAGACUUUUCUCUUUUUCUUUUCUACACCUAUUUCUUGACUCUCUCAGUUCUUUCGACAUGAUGGAUUCUUCUCCUACUUCCACCCCUUCUCCCAAAAUAAACUCUCUUCCCCUGUCUCCAGACCCCACUGAUCCCAUCCACCCCAAAACAAUCCAAAAUCAACGCGGUAAGCCCAUUGCAUGCUUGUUUGUCGGUAGCUUGAAUUCUUCCCUCUCCGAGUCUCAACUCACCGUCUCUGUCAAAACUUUUUUUCAAAAAUAUGGCCCUUUGCUUCAUGUCAAAGUUCUCAAAGAUUGGCUUCAACGUUCUUACUCCUUUGUCCAAUUCGCAAAUGCAAAUGACGCUUCUACUGCCUUAAAGGAUGCCCAAAAUGCUUUGCUCGACGACCGUCGCAUUCGUAUUGAGCCCGCCAAAGUCAACCGUACCAUCUACUUGGCCAAUCCCUCCAAUCCUUUCAACUUUUCCUCCUCCGACGUUCAACAUCUUCUCCAACCCUAUGGUCUCAUCGAAGAACAAGUAAAAACAAAAGAUUCCUCCGGCUACUUGGUCCGUUUUGUCUAUCGUGACGAUGCCAUCUCCGCUUUCCUAAAUCUACGAAAUUCCCCGUACAAGGUCCUAUGGGCUGAAAACGUCUCUACCAAAUCUGUCUUUCGAAACAAACUCCCAAAUUCUUCCUUUCGUCAUCAUCACCCCAAUACCCGUCCUUCCAAGUCUUUUUCUUCUUCUUCUUCUUCCCGUUCCACCUCGGCUUCCCUCUCUCAAAAUUCUCAAAGAAAACUUUCCUCUCUCAAAACUUUCCCAAACUCUUCCAAUGUCUCUUCUUUUCCUCCUUCUACCCCCAUUUCGUCUUCUCUCACUACCCCUACAUCUGCUACAAACUACGACGAGUCCAGCGACAUGUCUACCCCGAAGAAUACCAUGACUUCUCCCUACACUAGCCCCCCCUACUCCCAGUCCAACUUUAUAAACAAAUCUCCCAAUUCUUCCAAGCCUUCCUUCCCUUCCCCAAACUAUCCUCCUCCCUACCCAUACUGCCAACCCCUUGUGCCUUUUAUCGACCCUUUUUCCAUUUUUAUCGACCAUUUGGACUCUAAAAAUUGCUCUCGCAACUCUAUCGUCGAACUUUUCUCACAAUACGGUAAGGUCUUGGAUUGCAAACUCAUCCGUCAAUCCGAUAAGCCUGCCUUUGCUUUUUUGCAAUUCGAUUCCCAACAAGCCGCUGUCAACGCCGUUUACCAUAAACCUCAACCUUUCUUUCAAAAGAAACCUCUACGUGUCAAGUUUCGAAUCCUUCCUCAUUCCGCUUACCCUGUAUCUACGUAUCAGUAUCCCAUGGCUUCGCCUUCUUUCCUCCCUUCUUCCAGAGCAAUCUUUCCUACUGUAAAUUCCCCAAGCCAUUCCUCUAUACCUUAUCCUUGUCAUCCUUCCAUGGCAUCCCUCACUCCUCCAGCUACUUUUGGUUUGCAGCCCGAUAUGUUACAACCUAUGUACCCAUAUUAUCCUUAUCCCGAACUCUGCUAUCCUCCAGGAAACCUUUAUUAUUACGGUACCGCUUCUCCUUCUAACACAGUUGGUUCUGAAUAGGUUCUGCUUUUCCAUCCAUGAUUUUCUGGACGCUCGCACAUCUGUCUACUGUGCUAAUGUCCAGCAAUCAUUAAAAACGUAUGGGCAUUACCUCCCUCCUAACGUUAUUUCUUCUCUUUAAUAAAGGUUUGGGUAAUGUUGAAUUAAAUUCCGUAGUUCAUAGAUUAAUAAAACUGAUUUUUUUUUUCUCUUUUUUAUCCUAUUUCAAUGUCAUCCUUUAGUUCAUUUUAUU